UAGGAUUAGUCAUGUGAUGUUCUAUUCACGUGAUUCUUGGCUGUAGAUGGCUUUUGCGUCCUAGAGAUCUCUUAGUUAGGGGUUAUUUACAUGUGGGAUUGCAAACUUUCUCUAACGCUAUCGUGCUGGAUAUAGCAAUUUGUGUGCUUGUAUUCUAACUGGAGACUGACAGAUCUUUAGUCUUUAUCGAGCCUGUAUAAUGCAUCAUAUGUUUGAUGUGUCCAUCCCGUCUUUCAGACAUGAAGAGAGCGACAUGGAAAGAGGAUUCACGAUUUCAAAAGCAGAAAUGUUGACUCACUUUGCUGUAUGGGACAUGCUUCUUGUUAUGGUAUUUAAAAUCGAGGUGCUAGUAAGCGGAAGGAAACAUGUUAUUGAGAAGAGAUACAGUGAAUUUUACACACUGCAUAAGAAGCUUAAGAAAUUUAUGAAGACACCAGAAAUGCCUUCAAAACAUGUGAGAAACUGGAUUCCCAAAGUUUUAGAACAGAGAAGACAAGGCUUGGAACUUUAUUUGCAGACUGUCAUUAUGGAGAAUGAAGAAUUGCCUAAAGUAUUAAUAGAGUUUUUGAACAUUCGUCAUCUACCUUCCUUGCCUAAAGCAGAAAGUUGCGGCUCUUUUGAUGAAACAGAGUCUGAAGAGUCAAGCAAACUGUCCCAUCAGCCUGUGCUGCUGUUCCUGAGGGAUCCAUAUGUCUUGCCUGCAGCCAACGAUGAUUUCCAAAUGUGGUUACAGAAGGUGUUCUCCAUGGAAUAUAUUAUCCUCAUCUUCAGCCAAGGUAGAGACCAAUGUGCAAGCAAGGCAUGAACGGACGUCAGUGUACAUUAUACAAACCAUUUUCAUAAGCCAGCGGUAGCAAGCCUGGAUGAUGUUACAGCUGCCAUGUAUUGCACAUAUGCUUUGAUAACAUGUACUUUGUAACUGAAAAUGCUGCUGUUUCCAUUUAAAAAAGAAAAAAGAAAGAAAAGGUAAAAGUAAAUUUAAAGUAUGUUCCUGACUGUUUUAUGAAGACCUUGAGAAACCCCCACUUUGCCUCCUUUUGACCAGGAGCUUAUCACAGGGUCUGCAGAAAGUAGUUCACACUUCAUUUUCUUGACUUUCUUGUCUCAUUGACCGUAGUAGCUAUUAACCAGUGUCACUACUUUUCUGCAGAUUUUUUUCAGUAAGAAAAAAGAAUACAAAACAUGCAGGCCACUUUAAUGUCUUUAAAUGUCUGAAUGGAUUUGGAGAGAUGUUAAUGUCCAGUAAAUAAGUAGGUGGUUUGUGGAUGUUUAAGUGAAAAUAUCAGGUUCCUAUUAUUUUGUUGAAGAAUCGGAUCAUCGAACAGCAUUUCGGAUGGCACUUUUUCUAACAUGCUUUUCAUUGAACCAUUCUGACUGAGAUCGCAUCACAUUACUGUGGAGAUUUGGAAAUUUGACCUUUCCCCAGUGUAGCACGAUCUUGGAGUUGGUGUAUAUAUAGUUAGUGGUGGGGGAUGCAGCCCGCCAGAGGGAGGUUUGAUGAGAGUAAUUCCUGAUGCAAUACCAUUCGAUGAUCCGAUUCUUCAAUGUAAUAACAUAGACCUCAAAAUAUCCACUGGCAUGUUUUAAAAACUGAAGUAAUUUAUAAUUCCACAUCUGUCUUUUUCUAACCUCUCAUGCUUGUUUAUAUACACAUUACUAACUUUUACCUAAUUAAUUUAAAACUCUCGAUUAAAAUUAAUAUGCUUAAUACUAACUAGUUUUAUAAUGGGGUAAAGUUUGGAACAUGCUUGAAAACUACAUGACUGUAUUAAACAUCAUCAUACCUUAUUUGUGUUUGUACAUUAACAAAGAUGUACUUAAACAGCAAGAUGAGAUAAGCAGCCUGACUAGAUAGACUUCUAUUAAAAUUUUUUGACCAACUACAGGAACUAACACUAGACCGUUUUUGUGAGCUGCAUUUAAGUAAUAUGACACUAUCUUCCAUUAACAAAUAGGUUGUAGUUAUCAUUUUUAGGAAGUAGCAUCUUCAUUUUGUUUUUGUCUGUUUCCACCUAGAGCGAUGUUCAUUUAUAUUCAAGUUCCACUCUAACUGUUGGAAUAGCACCCAGUGGGAACAACAUUUAGUUUAGCAUGUUGUCAGAUGCUUAAGGGUGUGCAUAAAAUAACAUCAUCCAAUAUGGAAACAAUUUUAACUCAACAUUAGACAAGAAGUUGAACAUGUUCAUCUGAUAGCUGUGUGUUUUUUACAGCUAGUACAGUAUACAGGAUUGUAUGAAAUAAAAACUAAGAGUAGUGUUCAUCUUCCUUUACAAUUGGAAGUGGGAAGUUAUAAGAGAAAUACACAAAACCUUUUAAAAUUUACAUAUCAAUACAUAGCAUUAACAGAUUUGCAUAUGCAUUUUGUCCAUCUGAUAACACACUACACAUUCACACACAUACACUCCAGGUACAUGCAUAAUAUGAAGAGUAAAAGCUUAGCAGAAAUAAAAUUAGCAAGUCUUUUAAAUGUACAGAGAUCCCAAGCUGGCAGAAGAUGCAGGAGCAAGUUUACAGUUUGUCAGAAACACAUCAUGCCUCUGCACUCAGUGAUUUAGAAUUACCAUAGUUCUUUUUUUUAAUUCCAGUUAUAAGCAUAUUCUUACAGGAAGAUAGAACCUUGGGUGAAUGUGAUCACCUUUCUUUGUUCUGUGUCUGUACUGCACUUUUGAGAUUUGAGAUACUAUGUGAAGGUUUGCAUUCCAAGUCACAUUAUUACUGUCAUUUAUGCAAGUAAACUUUAGUGGCUGUUAAAAAUAUGCAAAUAAUUGGAUCACCGAGAAGGUCGUGAGACCACUAGUACUUUAUGGAUGUUAUGGUGGGAGGGGUUGUUUAUUUCUGGGAAUAAGCUAAUUUGAAGCACACAGUGGGCAGAUUUAAGAGGCAUCAUGGCAGUAUCUUUCACUUAGAUCUUUUACACAAUAUAGCUUGUGUACAAAAAAUGUAAACAUCUGCAUGUUAAAAUAGAAAUGCUUGUACGUUCAGUUUUUGCAGAAAACAAAUUAUCAGAAGUGGUAGCACAGUUUCCAUAAUGUCAGUAAAUAUCAUCUAGCAGAGUUUCUGUAAUGUCAGUAAAUAUCUGUGUAUCACCUCAUUUUAGUGUCAUUGCACUCGUACAUUUUUAUAAACAUUGUAUGAAUAGAAAUUAGUUAAACUUUAAAAAAUACUGUGUUGGUUAAUUUGAUUUCUUUAAGAAUAUCAGUACAAAGAUAGCAAGUAGUGUGCUACAGUUUAAAUGGUAAACAAAGGUUAUCUCCCCCACCCCAACAAAGUCCAGUUCCAGGACUUAUUGAAGCUCUUUAGCACUCUGCAUGUGGAUUGUAGAAACUGCUUGCUACAGUUUAAAAGGAGUGGAUAACCCACCUCUCAGGACUAGUUCACUUCAGAACUGAAGUAGUUCAGCUCUGUUUGUGGACUGUAGCGGUUACUUGCUAUAGUUUAAUAGUACUGAAGAGAUUGCUCUCAGCACUUCAUUUGGUGCUCCGUGUACUGUUGCUGAUGGCUGCUUGGGGGUAAGUAAUUUUUCUCAAGUCUGAGCAGAGGAUCUUUUUGCUCCUCAGCUUAAAGUUAAAGUGGAGGUGCCAAAUGAAGGGAUGGCACUGGGCACCAGAAUAGCUAGCUUACAACUCUGUGGGCCUUAGGUUCUACUUCAUUUACUGAGAUUUUGAAAUUCUUCCUCAUUGUGAUGUUACCAUUUUUAGGAGGCAUUUGUAUUUUUCAUGGCCUAAUAUUAUACAGCACUGUCCUUUAAGUAUGCAGUUUAUUCUGGUCCUUUUAUUACAUUAUGUUUUGGUACAAGCAACUGCCUUGAUAUGUGCUAAAAGUAAGAUAAACUUUGUACGGGAGAAUUUUAAACAUACCACGAAAUUAAAUUGUAGGAUUACUAUCCCCCAACAGUACUGUUUUAAGUUUCCUUGCAGGUUUAGCAACUCUGUUUGAUAUCUGUCACUUCAAACAGCUCAAGACAGUUGAAGUGCUGCUUUCAGUAUUUCAUGCUGUCCUUAAUUUUCCACGGUUUUAGAAGGAUAAAGGCAACACUUCACUGGCCACCAGUGAAAGUUUCAUGUAAUGCUACAUUAACUCGUUCCAUUUCAUUUUCAGCAACUGUAAGAGAUGCAUUUCAGUUUAUCUAAAAUACGUUUUCUAAAAUUUUACUGACCUCAGCAAGACACAGUAUCUGAAUGUAAAACCAUAGAAAGUGGCUAACACUGAACUUAAAAAAAAAAAAAAUAGUAUGCCUAGCCUAUGUCAAUCAAUCUGAGAAAAAAUCCUUUCUAAACAGGUAUGACAUUUGAAUAGGGAAAAAAGAUGGUCUAAACUAUGCCUUUGCAAUAUUAUUGGGGAGGAGUUACUUUAAUACUUGCUAACAACCAGUCGUACAGUAAAUAUUGACACCAACAUCUCCCCACUCUAUACCAUUCCUUACAGUGACUGGGAAUGACACCUUGUUGUCAUUAGCUAAAAAAGGUAACUAUGAAUUUACUAAUAACCAGCACUUUAUAAAUAUGUUUUAGUGGUGAAAAGUUACAUUACAGUUGAUGUUCAACUGGAAAACUGCAUUAAAUUGAAACUAAUCAACAAUAUAUUGAUAUAAUUACAGAUAUUUACCUGUAUUAAGUUUGCAUUGCUGCCUUACUCAUUGAAAUGUGUUCUGUUUGACAGACUUAAAACAACUUGUGUUAUAUAUACACUAAUCUUUUAAGGUCAUAUUUUAAUGUACAAACUCCUGUUUUUGUAGCCAGUGUUAUGUUAGGAAAUUAUACUUUCAUCUGUGUUUCUGAAGCAUUCUAUAGAUGCAAGAAAAGAAAAAAAAUUGUUAACAUAUGACAAGCUAAAUAAAAUUAUUCACAUGA